AUGUCGGCUGGAGAGGUGAAAAAGGAAAUUCCACAACCAAUUAUACACACGUAUCCGUUGUGUAAGACCACGGAUAUGCCUGAAGAAAUGAAACAAGAAGCAAUGGAGCUGUGUACUACAGCUGCUGAAAAGUAUGCAGAUAAUUACGAACAUGCAGCUAAAAUGAUCAAAGAAAGCCUCGAUAAGAAAUUCAGCCCUCCCUUUCAAGUAGUUGUAGGUGAAGCUUAUGGGUUUUCCGUCACUUACCAAGAGAAAACUUUACUAUACAUGUACACUGGCGGAAAUAUUGCUGCUUUGAUAUGGCGGACGAUUACAGGAUUCACCUAGGUUUUUUUUUG